UGUGGGAACCUUGUAUGUGACGCUUUCUGUUUCCAUUUGGAAGCAGAGGGGAAACAUUUGGGUGCCACGCAACAACAUGGCAGAGUGCACAAGCGAAACACGGGUAGGAUGUCAACGUGAAGAAGGACUUGAGACCGAAAUGAGCGAGGAAGAGCUUAAAAAGAUACAUGAAAGCACUGAGGGGGGAGCGAGAGAAAGAGAAGGAAACAAUGAAAUACAGGAAAAGGAAGACCCCUUCAAGAAACCGAGUAUUUUUGCUACCCCUUUCCCACCAAGCAAAAAGACUAGCACUGCUGCUGCUAGCGGUAAAGUUAACCAAGUCAAAACAGAAACAAGCACUUACAAAUCACAAGAAAGCAGCGAUAAACCAUUAAGCACCCGAGGAUCGAGGACAGAGAAAGGGAGUACCGACCUAGUGGUUGGUGGCAGUGGUAACGCCGCCAUUUCUGCUGAAAUCAAGCCCAAUUGUACGUCAACACUAGUUGAGAACGGGUCAGAUUUUACAGAAAACAUCCCAAAAAGCUGUACAGACGAGGACCAUGAAAAGGGAGUUAUCAAGAGAAACAAAAACCUACAGGAACUCGCACAACAAGCGAAACACAAGCUAGCUGUCAAGACGCAGGGUAAUGCCAAGUUCAAGCCCGGUCCUCCUUUGUCGUACACAGAGCCCGUUUGGGGUGGGCUUGCCGAAACCCCGUACCUUUUCGAGAUCCUAAAGAACGGCACAAUCCUGGACACGGUUGCGUUGAACGAAAGGAGCUUCGUCGUUUUCGGGAGGCUGCCGAACUGCGACGUAUCUCUGGAACACCCGUCUAUCUCCCGCUACCACUCCGUGGUCCAGUACCGCCGCCUUCCCGGGGACUCAGCUGGGGAGGAGAUGGGCUUUUACGUCUUCGACUUGGGCAGUACCCACGGGACUUUUGUCAACAAGAACAAGGUCCCACCAAAAACCUACAUCAGACUGAAGGUGGGGUACGUGCUGAAGUUUGGAGGAAGCACCAGACUAUUCGUCUUGCAGGGGCCGGACUCAGAUGUGGAAGCAGAGUCAGAGCUGUCAGUCACUGAGCUGAAGGAGCUACGAAGGAAGCAGAAUGCAGAGCUGGAGAGGAAGAUGAUGGGUGAUGGCGAUGAUGAUGAGGAGGAGGAGGAGGAGGGGGAAGAGGAGGGAAAGAAGAAGAGGAGAGUCAAAGAGAGGAACACUGGAAACGUAGGGUGCUCCUGGGGGAUGGCUGAAGAUGCAUUGGUUGAAGAUGAGAAUGAGGAGAACCCCUUUGCCACCGAGUUCCAGGAAGACCAAGAGGCCUUUUACAUCAAGGACCCCAAAAAGGCUCUGCAGGGCUUCUUUGACAGAGAAGGAGAGGAGCUGGAGUACGAGUAUGAUGCCAAGGACCAGGGGACGUGGAUCUGCAGAGUCAGGUUGCCAGUGGAUGAUGCCACGGGCAGGCAGCUGGUGGCUGAGGUGACCCACACUGGCAGGAAGAAGGAGGCAGCUAUUCAGUGUGCCCUGGAGGGCUGCCGGAUACUGGACGCCAGGGGUUUACUGAGGCAGGAGGCUGUGUCUCGCAAGCGGCGCAAGAAGAACUGGGAGGAGGAGGACUUCUACGACAGCGAUGACGACACCUUCCUGGACCGGACUGGCGCUGUGGAGAGGAAGAGGAAGGACCGCAUGAAGAAAGCAGGGAAGGUCGAAGAGAAGCCAGACACCUUCGACUCCCUGGUAGCCAAGCUGGCAAAGGUGGAGAAGGAGCUGGCUGAAACAGAGCAGAAGCUCCAUGCUUCAAGAAAAAGUGGUUCCGAGCAGUCCUGCGAAGACCCUCUGGACGCCUUUAUGUUGGAGGUUCGGUCCGGCAGUGCUCUGGACAGCGUGACGCGCAAGAAGCUGCACCUACACGCCUGCGAGCUCAAGAAGGAGUGCCAGCGACUCAAGAGGCUGGUGGAGAUUACCCGGCCAACACAGCUGCCAGUCCUGGACUCGGGGACUGGAAGUCAUAGGUCAGAAGAGCCUGAGAAACCCAAGAAGCCGUCCUUGCCCUUGUUUGGAGCGAUGAAGGGGGGCAGCAAGUUCAAACUGAAGACCGGCACCAUUGGGUGUCUCCCCCCGAAGAGACCAGACCUGCCUGAACAGUUGUUCAACAUGAAGGAGCUGGAGCCUGCAGCGGAGGAGGAGGAGGAGGAGGAGGAGGAGGAGAUGAUGAUGCCAGUGAGUGAAAGGGAUGAUGAGAGCAGAGAGUCUGCGACACCUGGAGACACAGAUAUAGCGAAGAGACCUCCUCCAAGUUCACACAACACUGGUAACAAUUCCCCUGUUAGGAAUGCAGCUGGGGAAGAGGCUAAACCAGACAGAGCUGGAAAAGACAAAGACAUUCCAGAGCAACAAGCUGCUGCUACUGUUGACUCAGCCACAGUACCCAUGGAGACCGGAAGUGAAAAGAUGCUAGAGGUGGUUCAGAAGAAAAAAAAGAAAUCUUUUGGUCCCAGCCGACCCCCGUCAGCCCUGCUCUCCACCAAAUACCCAGAGGAUGAUCCAGACUACUCCGUAUGGGUGCCUCCUAAUGAUCAAAGUGGGGACGGUCGGACACAUCUGAAUGAGAAGUACGGUUACUGAGGUCUCUGGGGGUUCGGAAAUCAAUUGCAGAUACUCAUUGACUGUAAAUCCAUAGCUGGCAGUUACUGAUGAGUUUGGUUUUGUACUAUUUACUGAUAUUUUCUUUUUUACCCCUGCACCAUUUGUGAGUGCUGGCUUCAAAACUGUGGAUUAUCUCAAGAGCCUUCAUGAUCUGGUCACCUGACACUUUUGUUCAGAAGUACUCAGUACUUGGACUUCAGUGACUCUAAACACUGGAUUUCAGAAGACCAUCACACCAAAGGAUUGUGCUUUAGGAUGUCUGAGACGAGACUGGGCUGACCUUGAAGCACUUUUUGUGGUAACUUCAAUGUUACCCUACUUGUGUUUUGGUUUACUGAAAUAACAGGGAUUAACCCACAUAUGAAUCAUGUUGCACAUAGUGUUAAUGAUGGGUACCACUGUGCAGGAACAUUUCUACAAGUUAAGGUGGUCGACAACUUUACUUCUCCUUACAGUUACGAUUACUCUCUCACUCUCUCUUUUUCUUCCUGUAAAAAUGACUGCGUUCAUGGUUCCCUAUUCCAUUGAUGUAAAUGAUUCUGGUUCUAGAAACCUCUCGGGUUUUGAAGUCAUUAAAAUGGGACCCUCCCCCAGGUCUUGCAUAGUUUACAGACAGAAACACAUGAAAUAGACUUGCAGGCCCUGUUUGAUUUUCAUAAGCUUGCAUCACAGAAUCUCUUUUUAAUGAUCUAAACAAAUCUGUUGCUGUUUACGUCUGUAUUACACCCCCGUAUCCUGGAAAAAAACAUAAAC